GAUCUUAUUAACGUUACAAAGAAUCAUAAGUUUAUAAUAAUAAUAUUUACGUAGAAUUGAAAAAUGUACAUACUCGAGAUUGUAAGCGGUUACAAAAUGAGGUUAUGUUUUCGCCGAUCAUUCACUAAGAAAAUUAUGAUUAAACCUUUACGAAGAUAUUCCACGUUGAUUCCAAGCUAUUAUAUAACGACUCCUAUUUACUAUGUGAACGCAUCGCCACAUAUCGGCCAUUUAUAUAGUUCCGUUAUAGCGGAUGCGAUUCAAAGAUUUCAAAAAUUAAUUCAUCCGGAAGAAAAUGUUAUUUUUUCAACAGGAACUGAUGAACAUGGAACUAAAAUUCAGCAAUCAGCCACUAAGCAUAAUCAGCCUCUAAACGAAUAUUGUUUAAACGUUUCUAAUAGUUAUAAAGAGAUGUUUCAAUGUUUUAGUGUUGAUUAUACUCGAUUUAUAAGAACUACCGAAGCUAAAUAUAAAGAGGCUGUGCAUAAAUUUUGGGAAACUAUAGAUAAAAAUGGUUGUGUUUACUCAGCAAAUUAUUCCGGGUGGUAUUGCAUAGCUGAUGAAACAUUUUUAAGCGAUUUAGAAGUAACCGACCAAAUAUUAAGUAAUGGACAAAAAAUAAAAGUUUCUAAAGAAAGUGGACAUCCAGUUGAAUGGACAGAAGAACAAAAUUAUAUGUUUAAAUUAUCGAAUUUUCAAGAUAAUUUAAAGAAUUGGUUAUUACGAAACGAGAACGCAGUUCAACCAAAAAAGUUUCAUAAAAUCUUAUUAAAUUGGAUAACAAAAGAUGAAAUGCGAGAUGUAUCCAUUUCAAGACCAAUUUCUAGAGUACAUUGGGGUAUUAAAGUACCAGGCGAUAGUACGCAAACAAUUUACGUUUGGAUGGAUGCUUUAAUUAAUUAUUUGAGUGUUGUUGGAUAUCCAAAUGAGUUAAAUUGUUGGCCACCUAAUGUUCAAGUUAUCGGCAAAGAUAUAUUAAAAUUUCAUGGAAUAUAUUGGCCAGCUUUUUUAAUGGCAGCAAGUUUAAAGUUACCAAAAACGAUUCUUUGCCAUUCCCAUUGGACCGUUGAUGGUGAAAAGAUGUCAAAAUCUAAAAGUAAUGUUAUUUCCCCAAUAAAAUUAAGUAACACAUACACAAAUGAAGGGAUUCGUUACUUUUUACUUCGAGAAGGAAUUACUCAUCGCGAUGGAAAUUAUAGUGAAGUAAAAUUGAUGAGAAUUUUAAACUCGGAAUUAGCAGAUACAUUCGGAAAUUUAUUAAGUAGAUGUUGUGGAAACGCUUUAAACCCAAUUCAAACAAUUCCACCAUUAAAUAAAACCGCCUUUAAUGAAAUAACAAAAAUUGAAGCUGGAAAGAAACUAAUAGAAUUAGUUGAAUCGUUAGAAAACGUUUGUUUCAAACAUUACGAAAAUUACAACUUUUAUAAAGUUGUUGAUUCGGUUAUAAACACUUUACACGCUGCGAAUUUAUUCGUUGAAACGAUGAAACCAUGGGAGUUAAGGAAAAAAAUUGAAUUAAUACCGCAAUUAGAAAUUACGUUACAUUUAACGUUUGAAACGUUGAGAGUUUCCGGAAUUAUUUUACAGCCGAUUAUUCCUCAAUUGUCUAAACAAUUGUUGGAUAAAUUAAAUGUCGAUCCAAAUAAAAGAUUUUGGAACGAUUUAAAGAGAAUGUCUUGGAACGUUGACGAAACUAAGGAAAUUGUGGAAUUAUCAAAAGAAAAAACAAUUUUGUUUAAACGGAUUCUAACCGAAAGAGAGGAUAAAGAAAAAAAAAAGAGAAAAAUAAAUUGAAAUAAAUUUAUGUAAAUGUUUUU